AUGACGAGAACGGAAAAGAAUGGAUCAGAGAAGGAGGACUCUCUUCUACAAGACCAGAAGAGGUUUCUAGCCUAUGCUGCCCCAACUUGCAUGCUGAUAGUGUCCCCAUUCGGUCUCUCCUUCGUCUCGAUCAUGUUUGCAGGGUGGCAGAACAAGGAACUGCUAGCAGGGGUAGCACUUGGUAACACCACCUACAACAUAUUCCUGAUGAGUGUCAUGUGCGGGUUCUGCUCUCUGCUGAGCACGUACGGCCCUCAGGUUUAUGGUAAUCCCACCACAUACAAGCAAUUAGGCACUGUUGUUCAGAAGGUAUUUCUAAUAAGCUUCACAGUCUACCUUAUAGUACUAGGGCCUUACAUGAAGUCUCUGAAAGUCAUAAGUUGGGUCAUAGUGACCAUCACCAACCAGCUUGGCAAACACAAUCUAACAGAAAGUGUGAGCCCCCUAGAAAGGUUCUCCGACAUGCAGGACACAGCUGAGGAGUUCAUCACUAGCACCUGGUCCUGGGGAAUACUAGACUUCUCCAUGAGACUGGUUACCAAGUAUCUGAGUCUACAGUACCACUCUACUGCUGUGUACUGUUGCACUGGCAUUCUCAUAACCCUCCACGUCAUCUUGACACAUUUCUUCACCAUCAGACUUGAUAUGGGUCUACAAGGACUGGUUAUCGGGGGUACUCUCAGCAGGGUCAUCAGCCUCGCCAUACUGCUCCUCUAUUGCUGCUUCAGGAGGAAGAAGCUGGCCUGGGCUGGCUUCACUACAGGUAUCCUUAAUGACUGGAAAGAGAUGAUAGUACUGGGAAUAUCCGCCUCUAUCAACGUCUUCUCGGAGAUGGGCAUGUACGAGUUUGCCAUGUUCCUCAGUCAGUUCCGUGGGGUUAACUAUCUAUCCACUGUGGUUAUCUCCUUCCAGAUAAUCACCUUGAUCUACUCCACUACCUACGGUGUCUGUUACGCUGCUGCAGCCAUGAUAGGGACAGCCCUGGGUGAGGGGGACUAUCCGAAGGUGAAGAGGUACAUGAAACUGUGUCUAGGCAACACGGUCAUUGAGAGUACACUUUUAGCAGUCCUAGGUUACUACUUUAGAUUUGAACUUGUGGGCCUCUUCACAGACGACAUUUCUGUGAUCAAUGAGACAGCAGGCAUGCUCUGGAUCCUGCUAAUUGAGGUUCCCCUAGACCAUAUCCAGAGCCUUUUCUCCUACGGGAUCCUGGUGACAGUGGGCUCUCAAGUGUUCGUGGCAUCAGCUCUAGCUAUCAUCUGCUACGUUAUCUGUACACCAGCCAUUGCUUGCUUCAUCUUCCUCACUUCUCUAAACGGGAUAGGAGUUCUGUACGGGAUGCUCCUGUUUGUAGCUUUGAGCUGCAUCGUCUGUGGACUGAGGAUAACUAGACUGGACCUGGCAAAGGAGGUUUGUGAGGCACAAGUGAGAGUGAAGAGCUCCAUCGCACCUCAGUUAGAGGAGGAGGCCUGCCUGGUGAGAGAGACAGACGAGUCAGAUGAGAGUCUUCUGGAAGAAGCACUCCAUGAGGGACACGUUAAAUAUUUCUUUAAGGCCCGGGAGGGCAUACAUUCUGCGAAAGAUAAUUUGAGGAAGAAUGUUCUGAAAGUUUUAUUGAUAAUUGGGCUAAUGUUUGGUUGGUUAAUCGCUGGAUUUAUUUUAUUAAUUUUAUAA